UGCUGUGUCUGGUUUGAGUUAAUGGGCAUAUAAUAUAACUGUAUAGCUCAGCCCAACUAGUUUGUAGCCUGGAGGAAGCACAGUCACUGCUGACUGGAGUUUCCUGUCCAAUAGCUGCAGCACACAAGUCAGUCAGUGGGAGUGAAGGGAGAGACACUCACUCACACACACACACACACACACACACGCACACACAGGACGGACACUGCUCAUCUGGACAAGUUUGGAGGAGGAGGUGUGUUUGGACUGUGUUUGCAGCAGAACGCGAGUAACUCUGCAGUGAAGACACACACAGUGAAAAAAACACACCCCGAGAGUCUUUAACGACUCUGCCUGCAGAGACACUCACAACCAUCUUCCCAAGCAACAUCUGGUCUGCUGGAGGACGGGGCGAGAAACCGGAGAGAGAGAAACUUUGGAGGCGGAGAGAGAAAAGACUUUCUCCGCUGCAGGAAAAAUGCUCUGAAUUUGGGAAAGUGGGACACCUACAUGACUCCGAGCAGAGUUUUGGUGCUCGCGUGAAGUGGCAAAAGUGGACGGGAAAGGUCGCGGAGGGCGAGAAGUCCAACUGGAGCGGUCAGAGAAUGAAUUAGCCCAAAGGUUUGGCUGCUCCGAGUCCCAGCCAGAGAGAAGACUCACUCCUUGGCCCCUCCACCUCCUCCCAUAAGAGCCAGGCCGACGUCCAUGGAUGAGGAGAGGAGCGCUCCUGCCAUCUCCCCAGAGACACCUGACGAUGGGGACCCCAGUUUACCAUUACCACAACCAAGUUCGCACAGAACCUCCUCCACAGUGAGAGUAGACACCUGCCCAAACCCUAAGCCAUGUCCCUGCGAAGAUGUGGCCCAAACUUAUACUGAGCCCCUCAUAUUGAGGACCAAUGGAACCCCAGAAAGGUUGCUAGGCAAUGAUGGAGACACUUGUAACAACAGGCUCCCACACUCAGUGCUCACAACACCCAGCAGGAGUAUCACAUCUCAACCAGCAGCCAGAUCGACGCCAACCCAGCACACCCAGCCGUGUCGGACACAGCCCGGUGGCCACCUACGGAACGGAACUAAGCAGCACUUGCACUCACACUGUCCCACACACACGACGCACACACUCCAGUCCAACGGCGUCAGGAAUGGGGGAACUCAGCAUCCUAAGCUGGGCUCCCUCCCAAGAGGUGGCUCAUCCACGUCCUCGUCGUCUUCAGGACCCAGACACACCAAGAAGUUGCAGUCCAACCCUUCCAUCACCUCCCAGAGCAGCAAGAGAAGCAAGAGCAGCUCCAAGAGCAACAGCUCCCAGAUGCCAACAGAGACACAGGAUGACUGCUGCGUCCACUGCAUUCUAGCCUGUCUCUUCUGCGAGUUUCUAACUCUGUGCAACAUCGUGCUGGACUGCGCCACCUGUGGCUCCUGUGCGGGCGACGACUCGUGUUUCUGCUGUUGCUGUGCGUCAGAGGAGUGUGGCGACUGUGACCUGCCCUGUGACAUGGACUGUGGCAUCAUCGACGCCUGCUGUGAGUCCGCAGACUGCCUGGAGAUCUGUAUGGAGUGCUGUAGCCUUUGCUUCUCCUCCUGAGGGCCCGGCCCGCCACCAUGGGGGGCAAAGUAGAUGCUUGAUUCUCACUUCCCACAAGCCCAGGAACAACGACGGCCAGCGUGUUAUUAGAGCUGAAUAGCAAUCGCCAUUGUUGCCUGGGAUCUGUGGUUCACAUUAUAUUGGCUGGUCUGCUUGGCUCCACAAUAUGUUCCUUAUGUCUUACAGGGUUUGCCAAGUAAAAGAUGUGACCUAAUGCUGACAGCAGUCACUAUUGAACUCUUCCUCCAUUGAUCCAGCAAUGGGACGCUCACUUCCCCUUGCGUUUUCUUUGCUGUUGGUCCAUUUCUACACAGCUGGGUGUAUGUGCAGAGUGAGUUCCAGCUGUGGUCCAUGAGAGUUUGCCAGGCUGUGCAGCCUCUGGACCCUCACUGAACAAGCUAUUAUUACAAAGGAGCCCCUUGUGCCAUCUGAAUGACUGGAGUUCUCAAAGCAUGAAAAGUGACCUCUGAAGGCAAAUGAGAAAAUGGCUCCAUUUAACUGGAUUUUAAUGUUUCUAUAGAUAAGAGCAGCAGCAUAAUGGGAAAAUGGAACGCUUAGAUCUCAGCAGAAAUGUAGUCUGUCCUGUCCUUGGCAAGGUUAAAGUCUUCCAGUUUGAUUGCAUGCAGUGGAUUUGGCAGACGUCGAGUUCACCGCUGUCUUGUAGAAAAAAUAGAGAAAACAUUAACGGUGGCUUGUGGCAAUAUUACAGACAGAUUUGUUGUUUCUUAAUAUGCAUCUCACUUAAAGGAUUUAUGCUGUGUUUCCGUCAUGGUACGGUUCGGGGUUUGGUCAUGGUAAAGCCCUGGGUCAGACUUGUGUUUUGACUUGGUAGGCGGGGUGUGGGCUGUGCCUGAUGGCCGCGUCAGCGAGAUGUGACGACAACGGAGGACAUUGCGUGAGAAUAGACUGCAGGCGUUGAAGAAACACCGGUCACAGCGAUGGUGUGACGUUCUUCUGUCGCCCAAACGCUCAGCGGAUCCAACCGUACCAUUUUACUCUGGUACGGCAAGGGAAGGGUACCAAAGAAUGGAAUGAAAUGGAAACACAAAUAAAUAAGAGCCAUACUUUGCCAAACUGAAUUGUUCCACUCGGCGGAAACAUGGCUUUAGAGAAGAUUCAUGAGUGUGUCAUUCAUCAGCCUGAAGAUAAGUCCCAUGAAAUAAGUGCUGUAAGUGAUGGACGUCACGGAGCGAAUGCUUGAUUGCAUCUGCAGUGGACAUUAUUCUCUGCUUUAACAUGUGAAGGGAGAGGGCUCUUAAUCAAAAGUCUCUCCUCAUUUAAUAUUCCACAUUUUGUUUACUUUUCAUUUGUUUUUAAGGGGCUUUGACUGUAUUCAGUGAAUUCUUCCUUGUCCGAUUGGUCAGAACUGGUAAAGGACUGACAGAGGAUUGGGAAACAUCAUGUCCUUUUUAAUGCAUUUCUUUUCCUUUUGACAUUCUAGCUAUGUGAACAAAUGGCCUUGGCUUACUGUAGCUCAAGGCCUGAAUUUCCAAGUAGACUCCUCGCCUGUACCAAAUCUCUAUUAAUCCUUGUUUUGUAGAUUUUAGUUAAGAUAUUUGCAUUUCUCCUCUAAUGUGAAAAUCACAUUUCUGUGUUAUCGGGUUUUCCCGGGCUCUCUGUAAAGCAGACAUUGCUCAACAUCUAAUUUAAUUCCUCGAGCGAGAAUCUCACAGCAUUAUGGUAGGUUAGGUAUGCUCGUUGUAUGAAUGGUACACUUUUUGAUAACAGGCCUGCACUCUCAUGUGCUCAGACACAUUCCCUCUCCAAACCAAUACCUCUUGAGAUGUCACCUAGAUCUGUUGUGCUUUUUUUAAAAAAAAAAUGACUUGAUACAAAUCUCUCUCCUCUCUGAUUAAAUACUGUGUGUGCAAUCAUUUUCUUUCUUUGAAAAACCAAAGACUUUUUUCUCUUACUGGACCUUAGUUUCUAGACCUAUAAAUACUUGUACAUAGAGGGUUUUUUUCACUGUGCUAAUAAGGCUGUGGUUGAUUAAACCCUAUUUUAAGGACUGAAAUCUAACACUGUUGAUGAUAAUACACUAUGGCUGUAAUUAACCUGAUAACACAGAAGCAGAAUAUGCAAGUUUUGGGAAUUCAGCUAAUGCAUUGAGAAGAUAAUAUGACUCCUGGGGUCUGUUCAUAUCAGAUUGGAUAUAUUUCACAUUUUGCGAUAUGUUUACACUCAAAUGGGACAAAAAUCCUGGAAAGCCCUGGAAAACAAUGCAAUACUUAACAGUACAAAGAGACGUAUGAAGGGAGAACUGGAUUUUAUACUGUUUUGUGUAAAUAAAAUAAAAUAAAUUACAACAAUGUCACUUUGAUUUACAUGAUCUUCAUCUAUAGUUCAUUUAGGGACAGGCCUACUGUCACCAGACCAACCAGGAGUACUUUGUGAUAUCUGAGAAGGGUUGACCAAUAUUGUUAGGAAACACAUUUUUAAAAAUAGCUUUGUACGCCUCUUGCAGUGGCCAGAGUUCAACUCUGUCUCCUCCAUUUCUCACAACCCCCUUGCAUACAUACUCUGUGCCAUCAGACUGAUGAAUAUUAGAGAUGCACGAUAUUGGAUGUUUUGCCAAUAUGCAGUGUGCCGAUAUAUCAGGAGUGUUUGGGCCGAUACCCGAUAAUAUAUUUUCUUUCCAACUGCAGAGGUCAUUCUGUAUUGAAAUGAACAUGUUUUUCGUAGUCAUGUUGCAGAAAUAUGUAAAGGGGUUAGAUAAAAAUAGGUUAGGUCAAGAGGAGAGGGCACAAGCAUAGAAGUCAAGGACCUAGCAUCUAAUAUUCUUCUAUUUAAAGAAAUAUCUUUAAAUAUAAAUCUACUCAACACAAAUAUAAAUGAAAAACUUGUUUUUGCUUCCAUUUUCCAUAAGUUGAAGUUGAUGUUCUGAGUUGUAUGAGAUGUAUGAUUUCAUAUGUGCAAACAAAGGUACUGUAGCCAACUACACCGUCACUGUCAGGUGAGACCUAUUCGCAUUAAAGAGCAUGAUUAUUGCACCGAUGAGGUUACAAUAACAUGUGUCCAGCAACUUCACAGUGCCACGGAGGAGGAGGAGGAGGAUCUAUGUGGUUAUAGCAGACACUGACAGCAUCUCUAUGCGAGGUUUAGUUCAGUCUAAGGUGUUUCGUUAAGAGAACUUAGAAAAAUGGUAAAUUAAUGACAUCUUGAUAUGUCUCACGUACCAGUUAAAUGGAUUAUUUAAGUAGCGAUCUGGUGCUCAUUAAUACAGAGGCUGUAACACGUUUGUGAACCAAAUUUGAGAGAAAUAAGAAUUUGUAGCAUAUAAGAAAAAUCCUGGAAAAUGGGAGCAAAACAGAAGUGUUACUCACUUAAAUAUUUUUGUGAGACCUGUUGGCUUGUUUUACCUUGAAAACAAUAGGUCCUGUGUUUUUUAACCCAACCCAACUGACAUGUUGUUUCCAAUCAUUUAUGACUGUACAUAACCACAGCCUCCCUCGUGCUCAAGUUUCAGCGCUGCUGCAGCUUCUUGCUGGACUCAAACUCAAUUUCAUUCAAUUUUGAGACCUUCAAAAUCCAGUUUAAAUGAAUGGGAAUAAUAAUGCUUUUUUUAUUCUUGGUUUCAAUGAAAUUAUUAUGCUCAAAUCCCUGCUGUAGCUUGAAAAUUACACUAGAGCUAGGUUGUGAUGUGCAACAUGAUUUGAAACGGCAUUUUAAUAAGGUCUGGUUAGAAAAACUGAACACAUGAUUUGAAUUUGAUUUGAUGGUGUUCAAACCAUGUUUUUUUUUAUGACGUAUCCAUUAUUUGAACACUGCGAAGAGCUUUGUAGCUCAGAGAGAACAAAGGCAGUCUGGAGGCAGAGAAAGCACUGACUGGUUGGUCUGGAGAUGGAAGACACAUUAAUGACAUGAAAAGUCCCGACAUGAACUCUGCUCUUGCACUUACACCAUUCUCUGGAUUAUAGAGAAGAUUUGGAUUUGAUUUGUUACGUUUGUGCCAGACAGGCAAUCAUCUCAUUUCCAGAUAUCUCCCCCUCGUAUUCCUUCAAGCCGUCUCAGUAAUAAUGGAAGUCAAUGACUUCCAUUUACAAUGUUACAAAGUUAUCUUUUUUUUUUAAAGAAUUACCUUGAAAACAGAAAUUUCUACCCAGACGUUUAUUGGUUUUAUUUUAGUUUAUUUUUAUCUUAUCCUGAGAUGAAUCAUGGGUAGUGAUUGAAGUGCUGGUUAACUCUGCCAGUAUUCUGAAAGUUAUUGUAACCCAACUGAAUUCUUACUAGACUGUAGUCCACUAUAAUGUCAUUUUGUUUACACUACCCCCCCCCCAUGUAAUGUUCAUUUGAAUUGCCAUACUGGAAGUCACAUUAAAAUCUCUUUGUUUAAUACUGAAUAAACAAUGUGAACUCCA